CCGAUUUCCACGUGAGCCGGCGGAAGAUUUAUGCCGGGACCCGGGGGGCAGCGUGGGGUUGCUGUCAAGGUUCCCGUCUCUGUCCCACUGCUGUUCCUGUUCCCGAAACCAUGGCAAAGCUGCUGAAGACCCUCCGCAAUCAUUGGAAGAAAACUGCGGUAGCGGUUUGCGCACUCGGCUGGGGAGUGAACUGGAUGCACAACCGGCACCGAGACGACCUCUUGCGUAGGACGGCAUGUCAAGAAGCACAGGUAUUUGGAAACCAGCUUCUGCCUGUCACUGCAAAGGUGAAAAAAGCCACUGUCUUUCUCAAUCCUGCUGCUUGCAAAGGAAAAGCAAGAAAUCUCUUUGAAAAGAAUGCAGCUCCAAUUUUACACCUUGCUGGGCUUGAUGUAACAGUAGUUAAGACUGAUUAUGAGGGCCAAGCAAAAAAGCUGCUGGAGCUGAUGGAAGACACUGAUAUGAUUGUUGUUGCUGGAGGUGAUGGCACCUUACAAGAGGUAAUAACUGGUCUUCUUCGCAGGGAGGAUGAGGCUACCUUUAGUAAGAUCCCCAUAGGAUUUAUUCCAUUGGGAAAAAUGAAUUCUUUGAGCCAAGCACUUUAUCCUACCAGCAAAGAACAGGUCAGACACAUUUUAAAUGCCACACUGGCAAUUGUUAAAGGUGAGACUGUUCCGCUGGACGUGUUGGAAAUAAAGGGUGAUAAAGAUCGUCCAGUGUUUGCAGUGACUGGUUUGCGGUGGGGAGCAUAUAGGGAUGCAGCUUCUAAACUCUCAAAAUAUUGGUACCUUGGACCUCUCAAAGACAAGGCAUGUCAUCUGUUCAGUGUAUUUAAAACUUGGCCACCAACACGCCAGGCCUCCAUCGCAUACCUAGGCCCCACAGAGAGACCACCAGAGCAAUCUGAGGAGAAUCGCCCGCGGCCCAGCCUGUGGCAGCGGAUACUUAAAAGGCUGGAAUUGUACUGGGUGACUCCCAGAGAGGUGACUUUGGACUUGGUGAAACCAGAGCACUGGGAGGAAGUAGAGAAGCCAGCGGUGGAAGUGACCAUCAGUACCCUCAAUAAACAUGCAGACCUAAAGCAGCGCACUGAAGAUGCCAUGAAUAUUUGUAUAGAACCAGACACCAUCAGCAAGAGGCAGUUUGUUACUACAGGGAGUCAGAAGCUGAAUGAUCCACACUCCUGCCCUGAAGGCAGCCACACUUUCCGAGCCAGUGUAUGUAAAUUGCAACUACCAAAGGAAACUGAAGGUUUUUUCAGUAUAGAUAAUGAAGAUUAUGAAGCUGUAUCUGUGGAUAUAAAAUUGCUUCCAAGAAAACUCAAGUUUUUCUGCGAUUCCAACAAAAGUCAGCUCCAGUAGGUAGAGACCUUUCAGCUGUCAUGCUGAUGUGUGCCUUGAAAUUAAUUUCAUGCCCAGGAUCCACUUUUCUAUUUUGAAUUUUCAAAGCAAGUGGAAGUCGGGAGUGCAAAGAAGACAUUGAUUAUAAAGAAAUGUGCAUUCCAUCAUCAUCGCUCCAUUCCUUCCCAUAUCUGCCCAUUAUUACCUUUACUAAAGGUGAUAUUGUUAUGGAGGUCUGCUUGAUGAAAUUGGGUUUUCCUGCUGAUUUUAAGUUGACUCUUGUUCCAUCCCUUGAAACCAACGAUCUCCAGCAUGUCCAGAAACUGACCUACACCACGUUGGAAAACAAAUCAAAGCUGGGAUCUAUUGAAAUCUAGCAAUCUGAUUCAGUCAUGCGAUACUGUAUAGGGAAUCUAUCCAUUCACAGGUAUCCAUCAAAAGAACUCGCUUCUUUAGUUCCCAUCCAUGUAAUAGCAAUUUCCAUUUUAUAUUGUUGAUUCAAAGUGACCUGAAUCAUUUUAUAGACAACAACUUAGUUUUGUAAGUACUCUUGGUCUGGAAAAACAACAGUCUGCAUGUAUUAAUGUUGCAAAUAUUGUAUUGAGACUAGUGACUAGUUAAUCUGCCUUUGUGCCUUAUUUGAGACAUCUCAGUGAUGGUCAGGACAUGAGGAAAUUUUGUUGCAUUUAGGAUUGCUUAUGGUGACCUGAACAGUUAAGGAUGGAGCUUAGCAAUAUAACUAUUUACAUGAAUGAAUCUGGAAAUGCUUUGCAGUUAUGUAACAUAGUGUGUAUUCAGCUUCUGCUGCUGGUGAGAGCAGCAUUUGGUUUAAAAUGUACUGUGGUCAUUUUUAUCGGUAACAUUGUUUUGUUGAUAAUGCAGCUAGUGAUUUUACUGAUUUUUGUAAAUAAAAUUGCUGAUUUAUAAAUGGUACGUGAAAACAUC